AUGGGGCUUUUAAAAGAACUUGCCAUGUUGAAUCUCUCCAACAAUCUUCUAACAGGUCCAAUUCCCAAAUCCUUUGGAGGGUUAUUGGGUCUCUCAACAUUAGAUCUUUCUUACAAUACACUCCCUGGUGAAUUUCCUUCUCAAUUAACAAGACUUACCCGUUUGUCCAUCUUUUCUGUCGCAAAUAAUAAUCUAUCCGGUGAGAUACCAGACACAACACAAUUCUGUACUUUCAAUGAGAGUUCUUUUAGUGGAAACCCAAACCUGAAUACACAAAGAAAGAGGUGUUCGACAACUCUGUCAUCAAAUGUGCCAACUGCAUCGAGCGAUAAUGAUGGUGAAGAUGAAGAUGAAGAUGAAGGAGAGGAAGGGUUGGUGGACAUGACACCUGCGUUCUAUGCUUUCAUUGCCUUGGGUUAUGCUAAUGGCAUAUGGGGAGCACUAGCCUUUCUUUGUUUUGGCAACAAGAGAGGACAUGCUUGUGUGAGGGCCAUGGACGCAAUAGUCUCCCGACUUUUUCGUGCAGUUUGCCGUAAACAUUAG